UUCACUGAGGCGGCCCGAUGCUGCUACGCUCUUCGAAAAAUCCCAGAGACGAGCAACGCGUUCGGUCGGUUGUCUGUGUGUGUCAGUGGGUGAACAGUGCGUAUGAGCGAUUUUUGGUGGCACUAAAGGAGGCCGAAAACGAACCGGUGGACCUUAAAGUUGUUGGGUAAACAACGAAAAGUCGGUUACGCGUGGCGAAAAACGGGUUGCGGAUUAAAUAAACAAGGCCAAGACCAAAGUAAAAGUGCACAAACUGGAGAAGAAUCCUAAAAACUUCCAAAGUUAUCCAAAGUUAUAAGCAAAAACCAAAGCCAAAAAUAAGCAUCAACAUCAACCGGAAAUCAACUAAAUUGUCGUCACUCCAAUCAAGUGGAAAUUUGAUUAAAAAAAAGGAGAGAAGGGAGGCUAAAGUAAAAGAAUUGAAGGGAGAACAGAGGAAAAUUUGAUAAAUUCGAGAAAAGGCAAUAGACGAGUGCGAAAGGAAAAUAGAGUGCGGGUCUAUCAAAAAGGUAGCAGAAAAGGAAAUCAACACGCACGCACAUGAACGAGUUCUGUUGCACGGGUACAGCAAAACAUUAAAAAUCAGCGGAGCGUAAAACUUACACAAAGCUUGAAAAAAAAAUUCAGAAUCCCACGUGAACAAAGAGGACGAAAAAAUACAAAGCUACACUACAAAUAAAAAUACAAAUACAACAGAGUAACGAAGUGAAAGAACAAUUUUUAGUGGAAAAAAUUAAAAGAUUUCACUGGGGCACAAAAAAAAAGAGUAAGCCAGAAAAAAGGAGAGCGAACAACAAGGACGAACCAGCUGACGGCCAGGACAUAUAAACGUCUUUCUUCUCCCUUGGGCUAGAGCACGAAAUUAAGUGCAGAUUAUCAGAAGAUUAUAUUUUAAUAGCAUUUCAAGCUGUUUCCCUUGGCCAACAAAGGCGAGACAGGACCUCCAGGACCGCCAAGACUCCCGAAGAAGGCUGACCCCGGAGUGUGUGUGUAUGUGCUACAAGUGCGGCUUAUUGCAUGAUUACCACCAAGGAUAUUUUUCGGGCCUCCGUUUCUGGAUCCUGUGCCCGGGAAUAGCUAAGCAAACAUAUAAGCGUGCCAGAAAUUGAAAUUAAAGAAGGAAUUAAGUGUCGCGAGUGUGUGUGUGUCGACUUAAUAAAUAUCCGGUGCUAGUGCCUGUGAGUGUUUGUACACUGAAAGCCAAAUAUCAAGUAUACGCCCAGCCUUGGGAAAACUACGGACGAAAGCAACAGAUUUAACCCGGCAGAGAAAGGAGAAAUUGGGAAGAGAACCGGAGAACUGGAUAACUGGAGCGUGAGGCCAAACUAAACAGUAGAACUGCCUUGUAUUACCAAAGAAGUCAAUGCAACUUAUUUUGCGGUCAGUUUUAGUCAAGACAAAAACUGAUUUUAAGUUAUUAUAGACAAACAACCGGCGGCGACUGAGACAAGUCUAUUAACAGGGCAAACAAAGCCAGGCCGCCAAAGAAAGCUGAAUCUCAGAAACGAAGCACUUAAACAAAAAAAUCCAGAGAAGAGCAAAAGAAUGUAAGCGGUGUGGGAAAAAAAAGAAAUUCGGAAAAGCUGGCAAUGAGAGGGCCAAGACGACAAGGGGCGCGGGCCAGAAUUGAAACAGUUAGCUGGCAAAUCGGAUUGCGAAUCAGCUGUAUUGACACAAGGAAAUCGUUAGCCGGCUUAGCCAGCAAGAGGCCAAAUUUAAAAUUAAAAAUAUAGCAAGCCAGUUUGGAAAUCAAAGUGAUAUGCUAAUGCCGUCGCCGCGGCGGAGUGUGGCAUGAAUAUUUCAUGAGCAGUGUGAUGACAAUAAGCCGGCUCCGGGAAUAAAAGCGAGUGAAACCAGGACGAUGACGGAGCUCCGACGAGCUAAUGGCCUGCAUAAGCAGCACUCCCUGAGAGAUCGACAGGUGCAUCCCAUGCUGCACGCUUUGGCGGAUCACGGUUGCAACCUGAGCAGUGGUGGCAACAGUGCGGCAAGCACCACCAGCAGCAGCACGGCCACGGCCACCACGGCACUGGGUGGUGCUGGUCUGGGUGGUGCCGCCACCCUCACCUCUCAGCGGAGCGUCGAGUUCGAUGAGCACGACAUCUUCUACGUCUCGCCCUCGAAGCGAAAAGGAGCCACAACAGGAUCCUCUGGAAAUGUGGUUACCUUUUCGAAUUUCGUGAGCGAGCAGCGGCUCACGCCAUCGUCGUCGAACCGGGGAUCCCUGAAGCGGAGCAAGGGCCGCUCCAACCAGUCCCUGUGCAGCUGCGAUGCCGGCGAUGAGGCGCAGCUGGACUUGCAACCCAAUGCGGCCAGGCCGCUGUACGAGUACAGUCUGGAACGGAAGCGUAAGACGCACACCUACUCCUGCGAGCAGAACGCACAGAUACUCAUGAGACUGGAGCGGGAGCGUAAUCGUAAAUUAUCGCUGAAUGGCAUGGAAACUGGAUUGGGAAUCGGAUUGGGAAUGGGAAUGGGAUCGGGAUCGGGCGGAGGAACCAGUGCGGCAGCAGCGGACCCCCAGAGCGACACGCCCAGCCUGUCGGAUGUGGAUGUUAUACCACCUGUGCCGCCACCGCCGUCGAUGAAACGCAACGGCAGCAUGCGCAGCCUGCGAUUGUUGCAACAUCUGCAGCAGCAACAACAGCAGCUGCAGCAGCAGAGCAGCAACAAUAAUAACUUGUCGCAGUUGUGCAGCAGUGAUCUGUUGCAGGAUUGCACUAAAUCGGCAUUGGAUGAAUGCACUGCCACAUUGCUCAAGUGCACCACAACCAGUAAUCACAGCAGCAGCAACAGCAACUGCAACUGCAACAGCAACGCCAGCAAUAAUUGCAACAACGCGAGCAACAUUUGCCAAAAUAACAACAAUCAGGUGAAGCCAGACCUUUGCCAACCGCCUGGCCACGCCCAUAAUCACAGGCACAAGCUACCCAACAAUGCCACGCCCACCAACCCGCCCCCGACCCCAUUUGCCGCCCACGAGGAGGACGAGAUAUUCUCGCCACACUCGAAGAAAUCGGAUCCCAGCCUGUGCUUCCUGCCAGGUGGUAAUGCAUCCUCGAAAUACAAUACCAUUGGGCCGAGCAGCGAUUAUGCAAGACAUUUGGCCCACUACAGUCGCUACCUGCAGAAGCAACACCACCAGCAACAAAUGGCGCACUUUCAGCAGCAGCGAUGUCGCUGCUUCUCGCAAUCGCUGCUCAGUUUCCCGCAGCAGCAGCAACAGCAUCAGACCCCACAGCAACACCAGACGCAACAGCAACACCAGACCCCACAGCAACAUCAGAAGACCCCACAGCAACCGGCAAUCUUUCACACCAGCAGCAUGGAUUGGACGUUGCCAAUUAAUAGUCGCAGCUUUGGCAAUUUGGUGAACAUCGAUGGCUCAUCCGGUGGUAACGGUGGCUGCCGUGUGCCGUAUCAGAAAAUGUCGGCAAAUACUGUUCCGAGUGGGGCGAUGGCAAAUGGUGGCUUGGGCCUCGCAGCCUCAUCCACAUUCACGCUAACCUCCUUCGACAGCGAUAUCGGACAUGGCCUCAAAGAACGCGAAUCCCAGACAUCUCUACACCAUCCGCAUCCGCAUACGCACUCCCAUCCGCAUCCGCACCAUUAUCACGCCCACGUGGGUGGUGCUGCGGUGGGCGGGGCAGGCGGAUCGGGUUCGGUUACGCCGCAGAAACACCACCAGCUCCACUCGAGCGUCACGAGCAUUAUGCCGUGGAAGCACCGACAAUGUCCCAGUCGGGGAUCCUCCAGCUCCGGCACGAAUUCGUUCCGAUUCGAUGCAGCCAAGCACUGGCUGGCUGUGAGCUCCAUCCUACUGAUAAUUGGCGCUGCCAGUGUGGCCGUGCCACUGGCGCUACGUGUGGCAGCAAGUGCCCCUUUUGAGGAGCGUUUGCGAGUGGCUGUUCAGCUGCUGGAUCAAGUGCCUUUAAUCGACGGGCAUAACGAUUUACCCUGGAAUAUUCGCAAGUUCCUGCACAACAAACUCAAUGACUUCAAUUUUGAUGAGGAUUUGCGCAAUGUAAUGCCCUGGGGUCGCAGCCAUUGGAGUCACACGGACCUCACGCGACUGAAGAAGGGACGCAUAUCAGCACAGUUCUGGGCCGCCUACGUUCCCUGUGAGGCACAACAUCGCGAUGCAGUGCAACUCACUCUGGAGCAGAUCGAUGUGAUUAAGCGGCUGACGGACCGCUAUUCACCGCAGCUAACCACUUGCACCUCCGCUCAGGACAUUAUCGAUGCCCACAAGAACCAGCAAUUGUGCUCAUUGACCGGCGUAGAGGGUGGUCAUUCCCUGGGCGGCUCCCUGGCGGUACUGCGCACCCUGUAUGCCAUCGGGGUCCGAUAUAUGACGCUGACCUCCACCUGCCACACCCCCUGGGCGGACUCGAGUUAUGCGGACGCGCCGACCUUCAACAUGAAACACGGCGGCCUCACCAUAUUCGGCAAGACAAUCAUCCGGGAAAUGAAUCGACUGGGGAUGAUGGUCGACCUGUCGCACGUCUCCAAGGGAACGAUGAGGGACGCCCUGGAGGUGAGCGAGGCACCUGUGAUAUUCUCACACUCCUCGGCCUACGAGCUCUGCAACACGAGCCGCAACGUCCAGGACGACAUCCUGCAGGCGCUGGCCAAGAACGGCGGCCUGGUCAUGGUCAACUUCUACUCGAAGUUCCUCUCCUGCAGCGACAACUCCACCGUGCACGACGCAGUCGCGCAUAUUAAUCACAUUAAGCGAGUCGCUGGCAUCGAUCACGUUGGACUGGGCGCCGGCUACGAUGGCAUUAAUUAUACCCCCAAAGGACUGGAGGAUGUAUCUUCAUAUCCGACUCUAUUUGCUGAACUUCUUGGAGGCGGUUGGACAAUUGAUGAGCUGACGAAAUUAGCUGGAGGAAAUUUCCUGCGAGUUAUGCAGCAGGUCGAAAAAAUGAGGGAUGACAAAAAGGCAGCUGGGGUGAAACCCUUCGAGGAUCACCCCAAUUUCCGCACUGACGAUCCCUACAAUUGUACAUCCAGCUAAUUGAGCACUGGACCCAAACACACUGAGGUUGUACCAGAGAUGCCGGGGAAGUCCCCAAAAUCACACGCGAAGAUCGAUUGAGCUCCUGCUUCAUAUGUAUAGUAAAUAAACUUAUGUAGCGAAUCUAUAAAUAUAAAUUUGACUAAAUUUGCAGCAUAGACAUGUACGAUUUGUAUAAGCUUUAAAUAUGUAACUUUAAGAUAUAUAGAUAUUUAAAUGCCUGAUUAUUUGGCUGAAGAAAAACUUCCCUUUCCCCCUGGUAAUCAAAUCGAAUUUCUUUUAAUUUUGGUGACAAUCUACAGACUGCCAAACAAGGAAAAACUUAAUUAUAAAUAGCACAAAAAAUACACACAAAUUUAAUUUUUAAUUUUAUUUUUUUUCCAACUUGAAUCAAUAUAAAAACCAGACUCUGUUAUCUCAUCUCCAACUGGACCAACAAAAAUUCAUUUCUGACCUUGUGAAAUUUCAAUUAUUCCACUAAUUUACACGAAAACUACAUAUCAAGUAUGUAAUAAACUUAGAUACAAAAUAUUAUAUUGAAUUAUAUGAAAAAUAUUUAAUUUUUUGCAUUCAAAUUAAUGCAAAUACUUGUGAGUGGGAAAGCAUACACUUAAAAAUAAAUGAGUAAAAUAUUUAAAUAAAUCUUAGGGCAAAAACGAAGGAAAAUUAAAUACUUUAGUUCCAGUUAAGGGACAACAAUUAAAUGUUUAGUUAAAUUUUAAGCAGUUAAAAAGGCGUGAAAACUGAAAGAAUGAAUAGCGUAAUAAAUACUAAAUUAGCACGUAAGCAAAGUGUGGGCGUGGCACUGCCUGCCGCACGAUAAAUUGUACAUAUGUAGGUUCCGAAUGGAAUAAGUAUAGGAAUACCUUAUAACUAUAAACAUGAAGUCAUAUAAAAGUCACGAUUUUUCCAACAUCUUUCCCUACACACACAAAUAGAUCAAGUCGCUCUGUCAGUCAGUCUCUCUGUACCUUCUGAACAAAAAGAAAACUUAACAAGAAAAAUCUAGUAAAAUGCGUUUAGUGUAAGUAAACAAAUUAUACAUACUAAACCAAUUAUUGCAAGACGAAAAGAAAACCCAAGACAAACUCAAUAAUUGUAAAUUUUUCUAAACUGAAAUCGAAUAACAAAUAAUAAAACUCUCUACAAAUAUAAUAUAUAUAUAUAUCGGUAUAUAUAUACAUAUAUAAAUAAAAUCUAUUGUUACGUUUUGUACGAUUUUGUAUGUGUAUAUAGCAUUUUUACCUAUGCUCUCAUUUAUAUGGUUAUUAUAUAGUUUUCUAGCAAACAAUUUAAACGUAUUAUGGUACUGGGUCUGAUGAGCAGAGUUGUUGGUAAUCACUUAGUUCUUAGUCAGGCCUGGAAGGUCGAAAAUAAAUAUCUGUAAAGUUUAUACAUAUACGAAUAUGCCUAGAUAUAGAGAUUAAACCGAACUAACAUAGAAAGACAUGCAUAUAUACACAGAAACUCCAUUCUCGAAAUGUCUUAAUAUUGAUUUGAUCUAUUCUUCAGUUUGGAUUUAAACAGAAACAAAAACACAAUCUCAGACACGCAUAUUUAAAACCAAAAUGUAGUUAAAAACUUGA